UGGGCGUGUGGCUCUCUCCUGACCCGUGUGGUGACUCCGUGUUCGCUGCUGCUCGGCGCCUCUGAGGCGUGCACAGACCGUGGGAGGGAACCGUAGGAGGGACGCGGGGCCACCCUGGACGCUGGGAAAUGGACUCAGUGGUCUUUGAGGAUGUGGUUGUGAACUUUACCAAGGAAGAAUGGGCUUUGCUGGAUCCUUCACAGAAGAAACUCUACAGAGAUGUGAUGUGGGAAACCAUCAAGAACCUGGAGUAUAUUGGGAGAAAAUUGGGAGACCAGAAUAUUGAAGACCAGUAUCAAAAUACCUGGAAAAAUCAAAGAAGUUAUGUGAUAGAAAGACUAUAUGAAAGAAAACAAAGAAGCCCAUGUGGAGAACCCAUCAGUCAUAUUACAGCUAACUACCUAGAUGAGCAACUUCCUACUGCACUUAAACCAUGUGAAAGCAGUGAGUGUGGAGAAGACUUGGUUCACUCAUCUCUUAAUAGGCCUAUCAGAGGUCACAGAGGACAGAAACCUUAUGACUGUAAGGAAUACCUAAAAAAACCACAUAACCAUCAGCAAAAUGUAAAAACCUUCAUUUCCAAUGACACUGUGGAAGGAGUCAUGAGAUCACAAAGUUUAGUUGGAUCUUAUAAAUCUGAGAUAUGUUGUAAAACUUUUGAUGAUCCCAAUUUAUUUGGAUUACAUGAAAAAACACACAAUAGAGAGAAACCCUAUGAGUGUCUCCCAGGUGCAGAAGGCUUUACUUCUUUCAGUUCUGUUCAAAACCAUGAAAGAACUCACACGGGAGAGAAACUGUACAAGUGCAAUGUAUGUGGAAAAGCCUAUGCUGAUCUUAGUUCUGAUCCAAAGGAUGAAAAUACUAACACUGGAAAGAAACACUAUGAGUGUCUCCAAUGUGGGAAAGGCUUUAUUUCUCCUAGUUCUACUGGAAACUAUGAAAGAACUAACACUGGAAAGAAACCCUAUGAAUGUAAACAAUGUGGGAAAGCCUUUAAUUGUCCCAGUUCUCUUCAAAGACAUGAAAGAAUUCACAUUGGAGUGAAACCCUACGAAUGUAAGGAAUGUGGGAACACUUUUAAAUGUCCCAGUUUUGUUCGAAGACAUGAAAGAAUUCACACAGGAGAAAAGCCCUAUGAGUGUAAAGAAUGUGGGAAAGCCUUUAGUUAUUCCGGUUCUCUUCGACAACAUGAAAGAAUUCACACUGGAGUGAAACCCUAUGAAUGUAAGGAAUGUGGAAAAGCCUUUAGUUGUCCCAGUUCCUUUCGUAUUCACGAAAGAAUACACACAGGAGAGAAACCCUAUGAGUGUAAAGAAUGUGGGAAAGUCUUUAGUUGUCCAUGUUCCUUUCGAAUUCAUAAAAGAACUCACACAGGAGAGAAACCCUAUGAAUGUAAGGAAUGUGGGAAAGCCUUUCGUUGUUCUGGUGCUCUUCGAAAACAUGAAAGAAUUCACACUGGAGUGAAACCCUAUGCUUGUAAGGAGUGUGGGAAAGCCUUCAGUUGUCCCAGUUCCUUUCGUAUUCAUGAAAGAAGUCAUACAGGAGAGAAACCCUAUGAAUGUAAAGAAUGUGGAAAAGCCUUUAGUUGUCCACGUUCCUUUCGUAUUCAUGAAAGAAGUCAUACUGGAGAGAGACCCUAUGAAUGUAAGGAAUGUGGGAAAGCCUUUAGUUGUUGUAGUUCCUUUAGAAGACAUGAAAGAACACACAGAGAGAAACCCUAUGAAUGUAAGGAAUGUGGGAAAGCCUUUAGCUGUCCCAGUUCCUUUCGUAUUCAUGAAAGAACUCACACAGGAGAGAAACCCUAUGAAUGUACGGAAUGUGGGAAAGCAUUUAGUUACUGUAGUUCCUUUCGAAGACAUGAAAGAAUGCACAGAGGAGAGAAACCCCAUGAACGAAAGAAAUGUGGGAAAGUCUUUAUUUCUAGUACUUUUCGUCUCCAUAAAAGGGCUCACAAUGGAGAGAAACCAUAUGAAUAUAAGGAAUGUGGGAAAACCCUUAAAUGUCCCAGUUCUGUUCAGACACCUGAAAGAAUUAACAGAAUGAAACCAUAUGAAUGUAAAGAAUGUGGGAAAGAUUUUGACUGUCUUAGUUCCUUUCAUCUCCAUAUAAAAUGUCACGCAGGAGUGAUCUAUGCAUGUAAAGAAUGUGGGAAAGCCUUUAGUUUUUCCAUUUCCUUUCAUGUUCAUGAAAGAACUCAUGGAGAGAAACACUAUAAAUGUAAGGAAUGGGGGAAAUCAUUUAGUUGUCCUAGUUCUGUUCAAAGACAUGAAAGAACUCACACAGGAGAGGAAUCAUAUAAUUGUAAGAAAUGUGGGGAACUUUAGUCAAUCCAAUUGUCUUCAUUUCUAUUAAAGGAUUCACACAGGAGAAAAAUAGUAAUGUAAGCAGUAUGAAAGAGCCUUCUCUCAUUCAUCGUUCUUAGGGAAAUAUGAAAAAAGGCUCCAAUGCUAUCAAUGUAAGUAAUGUGUCAAAGCCACCUCUCAUUCUACUUUCUUUCAUAAUUAUGGAAAAACUUACACUGGAGAGAAACCCAUUAAUGUAAGCAGUGUGGGAAAACCUCUCAACCUGGUCACAGUGAAAGACUUGUACAAACAGUGGAGAGGAAUUGUCCUAGUGUGGAAAAUGUGGAAAAAGCCUUCUCAAUGGAUAGUUUUCAAAAACAUCAUAAAUGCUUACAGGAGAGACACCAAAGAAAUAUAUGCAAUGUGAGAAAGUCUUUCUACUUGAACAAGCUCAAAUAAAUGGAAAAACUCACACAAGAGAGAAAGCCUGUGAAUGUAAGCAAUGUGGGAAAGCCUCUUUUCAAAGGUAUAAAAGAAUUUAGAGGAGAAAAAAAACAUAGAUGAAUGAAACAUGGGAAAAUAUUCCCUUAUGUCUCAGAUUUUCGGACACAUGGUAAAGCUCAUGGGGGAUGGGUUGUGUAAAUGUUACAUACGGGAGAAAGCCUUAGUUUUGUUCAAAUCAUGAAAGAACUCACACUGGAGAGAACCCAUGUUAAUAUGUAUGCUACAGGUAAGCUUUUAGUUUUCUAUGGUUCUUUUAAGUAUAUGAGAGUAUGUAUACUGGAGGAAACUUGUAUCUGUGUUAAGUAAUGAGGAAAGUCUUCAGAUUGUCCAUGUACUUUCAAGUACAUGAAUUAAAGAGCUAUUGGUGAUAAAGCUUGAAGAUGGAAAAGCUUUCACUAUCACAAACUUUCUAGCAUGCAAGACAACAUAUACUGAAAAGAGCUCUUAUUAUUCUAAAGAUUAUUUUAUUUAACUUUAUUUAUUUACUUAUUUGAAUUUGACCAGAGAGGGACACAGAGAGAG